AUGACAAUCGUGACAAGAUUUCGAGAGAAUACCGCGAAUGACAUAAAUCUCGAUGUAUAUAAACGAUCGCGUGAUUGGCAUUUAUUUUUUAUUGAUUAUAUCCUUGAUACUGGAUUACACGGGAUACCAGUUGAACGUCGAAUAUUCCAUUUCAGAAAAAAUGGUUUUAAGAUCGACUUAAAGGCGGUCCCUUUGGCUAGGAACGAUACUGUAAAAAACAAUGAUGACGAUCAUUUUCCAGAGUUUCCCGUAAAAGAUAUAAGCAAAUGUAUUAUUGAAUUUUCGCUAAGUUGUAUCAAAAAACGUUUCAUCCGUUUCGUGGAAACGAUAAGACGUCUCGAUAAAAUCAUAUUAUUCGGAGAAAAUGUGAAGUUGGUGAAGAGCGCAGCAAUACGUAGAUCCGAUGCUCAAGCUGUGAAUAAUUCGGAUGUUAGUAUUGAGCGUAGCUUAGAUGAUUUCUUCGAUUCUUUCACUUUGCGUAUCACGCUGCCUAGAUGGAACGAUAAGCCAGAAAGAAAUCAAAUAGAUGUGACGCUUGACGACACAGCUGUAGUAGAAGGACGUGGAAAGAAAGGUGGUGGAGGUGGAGGCAAGGGAGGCGGAAAAGGAUGCAAGCUGAUGAUGAUGGGCAUGUUAAUGGGACUUAAAUUGAAGCUAAUAGCAUUGGUGACGUUAAAAAGUAUGAUGAUGAGCGGGAUGUCUUUAAUAAUUUCUAUGAUGAUGCUGAAAUUUGGAAAAAGUGGUGGAGGCGGUGGUCCUUGGAAAGGAGGAGGUGGAGGAGACCUCAAAGAGAUCGUACUUCUUACAAAAUCCUCGGACGGUGGCGGAGGUGGUUGUUGUGGUGGAGGACAUGGCGGCGAUAGUUAUGGUGCACCUCCAUCAAGUAGUUACGGCCCACCUUCAGGAGGAGGCGGCGGUUACGGCGGAGGUGGAUGGGGUCGUAGUUUCAACAAACAGCCGAUGCUAUACAGCAAAAAGACUAGGACGGAAAUCGCAAACGGAUCUAAUCAAAUUCCGAUGAAUGGAGAAGUUAUAACAAACACAAAAAAUGUUGAUUACUUGGAUUAUCAAGAUUAUCAAGAACCAUCAUCAGUUAUAAACUCAGAUCCCAUGACUUCUAAAUGGAACGCAUCAAGCUACACCGUCUUUCACGAAUAUAAGGGCACGAAUAUAAGUACCGGUUCGGAAAAGAAUAAUUUAAGAUUAGAACCAACAAUGAAUGUGAAAGGAAGAAAUUUCAUUUUCAACGAGACUCCACCUAGUACUGUCAACGUAAUUGAAAAAAAUACUAAUUUAAUGACAAUCACAAAUCAAUCUGACGUUAAUUACGACACAGACACAACGUAUAUGGAUGAAUGGUAUAUUAGACAUAGGUUGGAUAUGGAUUCUAUGCAACUCGGAAUUGCUGGCUGGAAUAAGGAGAACACCUUCACCAGGAAUCUGUUAGUGAAAAGCGGUGGUGAGUACGAGAGAAAUGUAGCAAGGUGA